AUGGAUCCCCAAGGCCCCGUUACCAUUCGAACUACCCAAUUCAUCACCAACCGACUCCUCAACAGACGUCAAUUCGUAGUCACAGUAUUCCACCCUACUCGAGCUAACGUCUCUCGAUCUGAACUCGGUGAAAAACUCGCCGGUCUCUACAAGACUGAAGCCGCCAGAGUCACCGUAUUCGGUCUCAAAACUAAAUUCGGUGGUGGUGUCUCAACUGGUUUCGGUUUAAUCUACGAUGACGAAGAAUCUCAAAAGAAAUUCGAACCCAAACACAGACUUGUAAGAUCCGGUCUCGCCGACAAGAUCGUCAAGGCUUCCAGAAAACUCCGAAAGGAGAGAAAGAACCGAUCCAAGAAGGUUCGAGGAAAGGCUAAGACUAAGGCUGCUGAACCCGCCAAGAAGAAGUAA